CGCAGGCGGCUGGGCAGGUAAAUAUGCCAGUCUACAAGACUAAAACAGGCGUACAUCUCAACUGUCAGCAUGGCCAACCCUCUCAGAUAUGAAGUAUUGAAUCUUUACAAAAAACUACUGUAUCUCGGAAAGGAAUACCCCAAAGGGGCUGGCUACUUCCGAACCCGACUCAAGGCAGCUUUCCUAAAAAACAAGGAAGUGAAGGAUCCCGAAGAAAUAAAAAAACUGAUUGCCCGAGGGGAGUUUGUCAUCAAAGAACUGGAGGCGUUGUAUUUCCUGCGGAAAUACAGAGCUUUGAAACAACGUUACUAUGAGGACAGUUGACCACCAAUCGGCCGUAAAGUCUGAAAGGCAUGUGUAGCCCGUAGGUUAAAUCGGUGCUUCUCAAACUUGGCAACUUUGUGAUGUGUGGAUUUCAACUCCCAGAAUUCCCCACUCCACAUGCUGGCUGGGGAAUUCUGGGAGUUGAAGUCCACACAUCAUAAGGCUGCCAAGGUUGAGAAACACUGGGUUAAAUUGUCAUUGAUCAGCCUGUAAUAGCAAUAAAAUCGGUUGAAUGAU